AUUGAAGUUGAGGGUACCGGUGCCGAUAGAAAAUUUUGUCAAAGAGAGUUCCUGUGCCGGGUGCAGAGAGUCAAGAGGGAUCCUGUGAGGCAAAAUUGCGCAGAUUGAGAGGGAUCCCGUGCAUUAACGAAAUCGAAAGUAGGGCGUUUUUAAGGAAAUCUGAUGAAAGUAACCACAUAAAGUGUAUUUACAAGUGAGAUGGGAUCAACGACUUCACAUCUAAGAAUGUAUGUCUGUUGUUGAUAAGUCCAUGCUUCAUCGCCACAAAUAAGCAUCAGUAUGGAAGUGAUUCUCCAUUUGAUGAUAUGAACGCUACAAGCGAGUACGAUACAAAAAAUAGUACGGUCGCCAUCAACGAUGGAAGCAAUUUUAAAGAAGACAAUGCCUUAUCUGAUACUACAACACAGCCAUCAGAGAAGGAUGAGGCUGAUAGGAAAAAGUGCAACAAAAAUUCCUACGAGGAAGAAAAAUGCCUGCGCUUUCUACAGAAAAAGCUCAUGAAAGACACGUCGUCAAUUAAGGAGAAAAUUGCUGAAUGGCUGAAAGACUUGCCAUUAUGUUGGCACACCAAUGGGUCAAUAGUGCAUAUAGACCCACGGGUUCAGAUAUGUUGUAAUGGUGUUGCGAACAGGACGACGUACGAGGAGUGUUGCAGCGGCACACUGUUUGACAAUCGGAAAUAUGUUUGCUGUAAUAAUACCUUACAUGUGAAAACCGAUACAGCAGCUUGUUGUGGACCACAAUUGUAUGACACAAAUAUAAGUCUAUGCUGCAAUGGUUCAUUGCCGUUGAUUCAAAGACUCCAAAAUAUGGAAUGUUGUGGGAAUAAAACAUUAAAUAACAAAACCCACGUGUGUUGUCGUGGCAAUACACAACAAGCUUUUGGAUUGGGAAACAAGAAAGGUUAUUGCUGUAACGACACUAGCUACCAUGAAGAUUGCCACGCUUGUAAAAAGAGUACGGUACUUUAUGCGCUUUUUGACGAGUCAGUGGAGCUUUGCUGUCAUGGAAAGAUUAUACCGAGACUUCAUGGAAACAAUAGCGAAUGCUGCCAUCGCAGAUUAAUGAACAAUAAUACGGAUAUAUGCGUCGAAAAGAAAAUUACGCCAAAACCAAAACCUGACAUUAUUCUAGACAACUCGUCAUCAACAUCUCAGGACUUUCUAACUUCUAAUGGAAGCAACAUUACAGUUACUGGCCAGAGGAAUACAGAGUUGUCUCCACAGGCAAAGAAAGAAAAUAGCCACAUGUCAGCUAUAGGUGGGGUCAUAGCGUGUGUUGUAUUCGUAUCUGUUGGAGUGGGAACGUAUUGCAGUUGUAGGUAUAAAGCCAUUUUGGCUUUCUGUAAAAGUAAAAGGGAAGCAUCGGAUCUGGAUAAUAAGACCAUCCUUAUCCAACCAGAUUCAGCUUUAGACUUCGCACCAGACACAGCUGAAUCAGAUAUGAGCGAAAGUCAAAACCUUAUUGAAGGGAAUGAUUGUCUGAACAACAAAUCAGUUAAUGAAUGUUACACAAAUGAAACAAACCUUGACAAUGAAAGCGUUUGUUCAGAUGGACUAAGUUUUAUUUCGGGAGAAAUGGCUGUCCCAAAGUUGUUAAAUAUUAUUGAAAAGAAAAAUCUGACCGUGGAUACGAACCUUCUAACUACUUACUUUGCAGAAAGUUACACACAAACUGGACCUGUCCAUAUUACAAACAGAAGGACAAUAUUCGGACACCCGUUUGAGCAUACAAUUUUUAUCGAUGAAUCUAGUUCAAACCUUGCGAUUCCCAGUUCAGACGUAAUCCUGUCGCUCCCUAGAAGUGUCUUGAAAAGUGGUAAGGUUGAAGUGAAUUGUUCAAGCUUCAGUAGUCUCGCAGAUUUAAGGAAAAAGCUGGGCUUAUCAGACAAUGAAGUACUUGCCUCACCAGUCGUUGAGUUUGCUAUAACAGGAUAUAGCGUUCUACCAGAACAUGCACGUGUUGUCUUGCCAUUUGUAGGAAGUGCUUCUGAUUUGACUGUGAAGAAAUUCAAAUCGGAUGAAGGCCUGAACACGGUGGCAACAUCAGUAGAAAUUGCAGAAAAACUCAAGCAAAAUGAAGAUCUGGACAGCUUCUACACAGUUGAAGGAUCCUCUGUCAUCGUAUACACAAAAUCAUUUUCUGGGUUUUACUGCACUGGAUGUAGACACAAACGCCAGAUCGACCUCAACUUGAAAUCUUUUAUCUUUGGAUCAUACAAACGAAUAAACAGAAAGUGUGAAGUUGGUAUAUCUACCUAUAUUGCAGACGAAAUAUUCAAGUUUACAGAUUAUCAAAAGAGAAUGGUAGAAAAUGAAGAAAGUCAAGAACGUCAACCGUUAAAAAAAGAUGUUCCGUUAUUAAUGCCAAACUGUGAUCUCGAUGAUAAAGAUUUUGUAGAGGCUUGCAUAACACUGGAGAAUGAAGAAGACGGAUGGAUACACCGGCUUCACCCAAGCAAGAAAAGGCCACUACACGAAGCAAGAAAGGAAAUCGAGCUAGAGCGUAUUGCACAGAAAUGCAAGGAAUGCCCUAACUUUAAUCCCCACGAACUUGAGAUUCCAUACUAUACUGAAUGGAACUUGACAACAGCUACUAGAGAUACAGUUCCAAGUGAAGUAUUUCAGUGCACAAUAGAUCUGAACAUUUGCAAACGGGGAUAUGAACUUAAAAAAGAAAAUAGCAUCUUUAUUGAGGAACUUUGGCUCAGAAGUAAAGAUCGUUUGCCUGUUAAGGAAGACUACCUCAGGGCGGCGGCUCCAGCGUAUUCAGUACAGGAAACGGAAACAUGCAGUACUGGUCUGUCGCAGGACCCUAGCCGUCCCAGAGAAAAUACUCACAUGACAUCUAUGGGUAACAGACCAGUUCGCCGUGAGCUCAGUCAUCUACCAGUGACGUCAUACAGUGAAGCAGACUUGACACGUUUAUCAGCUGAACGUCCAAUUCCCGAGUUAUCUGCACCUCCUGAAACAAUACAUCAUCACAUGGCGCUUCCUCCUGCGUCACCUAAUAUAAAUGAUAUAAAUGAUUAGAAUCAAGACUCUGUUAAGCUGAUGCAGUUACAAGCAAAAUUGAAAUAAUUUCAGAUGAAUUUUACUUCCAGACGAAAAAUAAAAUAAUUUUGCAUUAAUGAUUUAGCCUAAAGCUAGUGAAAUAGAUAAUUAAAAGUGCAAAACCACAGGUUGCCCAACACGAAAUAGAUGAGACUCGAUUCGAUUGAGCCUGAUCAUGGAGAUAGUGGAUGCAAGCUAUUGUCCAUAGUGUAUUUAUGCAUAUAACAUGAAACAUUUCCACUUACCGGAAAAUAACUGAACAGGUGUCAUUUAAAAAAAAACUGAUAAAAACCACUGCAUAUAUUUGGUCUUGAAUACACGGAGAUAAACAACGGCAUAUAUCUGCAAUGUGGUUGGCAGACAUAUGUCAACAUAAUAUUUCUUUCAGUUGGUAACAUUGGCUGAAGUAGUUUGUGAUAGUGGUUUUGACAGAUACAUACAGCUGUUUCAUUGCUUGAAUAGCAGGAAACUCCGUCUUUUUAUGUAGAUCGAAAGUAUGUACACAACACGGAUGUUGGCAUAAAUAAUUUCCUAUAAAUUUCCUUUGUCGUGAACAGUCCGCUAGCCUGUAAAGACAUUUCUUAAUAUUUUCUACAGUUAUACUUCUCCCCCAUAAUGCAAAAAGGUACCAAGUGCCUUCUUUAUUCAUAUGCUCAUGGUACCUUUUUGCAUUAAGGGGACGACUUCAUGUUUGUGUUGUUUUAUCAAAAUAUGACGAAAAAGACGAAGAUCAAGGUUAUAACUGGAUAAGUUAUCCACUGUAUAAAGUUCUGAGCAACAGCGUUUCGUUUGUUUCCUUUGAUUUUAGACUUUAAACAGAUAUGAUGCUAUGAUAUGCUGGUUAGAAUAAAUGAUUAUGCAAAUAAAACGUGUAUCAAGGGC